GAAUCCCGGCGACAGGUAGUCUUCCGUCCCUCUUAAAAGACGCCCACGAACCCAAUUCCCCCUCCGUUUCCCCCUCACUUGAUUCUCCCAUCAUUGUAUCGUGUCUCACCUGUCCAUUCUCAAAACCCCCCUCUUCCCUCCCCUCCCCUCCCUUGCUCAAUACACUGGCAGACACGGAUACUGGAGACAACACAAUGGCGUCCGUGAGAUCUUUUCCCUCCAUCAAGGAGAUUCGGACGUUCGUCAUCGGCGGCGUUGGUUCCGGUGGUGAUUAUCACAAUGUCAAGGGUGGUCACUGGCUGAUUGACAGUCCCAUUUCCACGCCCUGCUCGCGAUGGGAGCAGUACCGCAACUCAAGAACUAGCUGGGGCAUUAAUGUCCUGGGCUCAUUCCUCAUCGAGAUCGAAGCGACAGACGGCACCGUAGGCAUUGCUACCGGCUUUGGAGGUCCUCCGGCGUGCUGGCUCGUCCACCAGCACUUUGAGCGUUUCCUCAUCGGCGCUGAUCCCCGAAACACCAACUUGCUGUUCGAGCAGAUGUACAGAGGUUCCAUGUUCUACGGCCGAAAGGGUCUUCCUCUUGCCGUCAUCUCCGUCAUCGAUCUCGCCAUCUGGGAUUUGCUUGGCAAGGUGAGAAACGAACCUGUAUACAGGCUGAUUGGAGGUGCCACCAAGGAGCGCCUCGACUUCUACUGCACUGGCCCCGAGCCGUCGGCAGCCAAGACGAUGGGCUUCUGGGGCGGCAAGGUCCCUCUUCCGUACUGCCCAGAGGACGGCCACGUCGGCCUGAAGAAGAACGUCGAGUUCCUCCGCAAGCACCGCGAAAGCGUUGGCCCCGAUUUCCCCAUCAUGGUGGACUGCUACAUGAGUCUCAACGUGUCUUACACGAUUGAGAUUGUAAAGGCCUGCGAGGACCUCAACAUCAACUGGUGGGAGGAGUGUCUGUCUCCCGAUGACACGGACGGCUUCGAGCAGAUCAAGCGCGCGCACCCCACCAUUAAGUUCACCACUGGCGAGCACGAGUACUCCCGAUUCGGAUUCCGCAAGCUCAUCGAGGGACGCAACCUGGACAUCAUCCAGCCUGAUGUCAUGUGGCUCGGUGGCCUCACGGAGCUGCUGAAGGUCUCGGCCAUGGCCUCGGCGUACGACAUUCCCGUUGUUCCUCACGCCAGUGGCCCGUACAGCUACCACUUCGUCAUGUCACAGCCCAACACGCCUUUCCAGGAGUACCUGGCCAACUCGCCGGACGGCAAGAGUGUGCUGCCUGUCUUCGGCGACCUCUUCCUCGACGAGCCCAUCCCCACCAAGGGCUUCCUGACGACGGCUGAUCUUGACAAGCCCGGCUUUGGCCUGACGCUUAACCCGGCGGUCAGGUCGAAACUGAUUUCGGGCAAGGCCCUGCUGAAUGUCAGCCCCGAGAGGCCCCUCAAGUCGGUGGAGGAGACGGAAGCGAAAUAAAGAAACGGCCUUGUGUAUGAUGUUGCGGCCGAGUAACAAGAGCCGGGAACAUUGUCAAAGUAGAAUAGCAUGUCUCUUGAAUGGCUAUUGGGGACACUUAGACCGAGGCGGUU